CAAGAAUUUUACAUUGCCAUUGCUUGAAUGUCUUUUGUCUGCAUUCCCUUCUGAAUCCUCUGUUUCUCAGAAAAAGCAGAAAAGUGAAGAGGGAAACAGACUGCACUACAGCAGUGAUGGGACACAAUGCCUAACUUAUUAUAUUUAAGGUGGUAAGAGACAAAAAGCAAAAGCCACAUGAAGCUGAAAACUGCCCCUGCUAAGAACAAUGGAUACCCAAAAAGUGAAUGGCAUCUCUCCAAAGGAGAAUGGAACCAGAAGAAGACCACCCUCUUAUUCUGUAGAGACCCCCUAUGGGUUCCAUCUAGACCUUGACUUCCUGAAGUAUGUGGAUGACAUUGAAAAGGGCAACACCAUCAGGAGGGUGCCAAUGCAACGAAGGCAAAGAGGGCGAAAUAAUGGCAUCCUGUCGGGUAACUUAAGCCUUCCAGGUUACGGAUGCAGAGCUGCGCAGUGGAACUCCAUUAGCACUUUAUGCCCCAAAACCCAACUAGGAGACUCUCAGCAUUUUGAGUUUCACUCUAGUGACAGUGUGUCUGCUGGCUAUGCCAGUAGGGCAGAACCCAUCUACAAGUCCUUGACUGCCACAGAGAUGGAUGCUAGUAUCCAGGCUUUUGACGAGCAGCCCUUUGGCCGUUAUGUCAGGCCAAAUCUCUUGAGAGCCUCUAGUUUACCCUUGACGGUUUUAAUGAGGAAACAUUCAGAGUCAAUCGAGGACCCAACCAGCCCCAGAAGCCCCAAGGAAUAUCUAACACAGGAAAAUGAUUCCUCUGAAGAUGUUUUCCAUGCUUCCAACAGAAUGGGUGGGGCAAACGUGACCAUUCAUCAGCUCACUGCAGCUCUUGAGCGAGUUGGGGAAUUGGAGAUGGAGAUCAGAGUCAUUCCUGAGCUUAAGGCUCAGAUAUGUAUUUUGCAAGAGGAGCGAGAGAGACUUUUACUCCAGUUACAUUCCCAAAAUGACACCACUGGGCCACUGGAAGUUGCUCGACACACAGAUAACUGGGACAUUCCAUUGCAUGAUUUAAAGGCUCGAAAGAAUCAAGACAAAGCAAGCGAUGACUGGAUGAAUCGAGAAUAUGACCGGCUUGAGGAGAAUGUCAAGGUUUCCUCUGAGCAAGUUGAUGCAUUUGCAAUAGCUUCAACCAAUGAAAGGAUGCUUCAAGGCAUAGGAAGCUCUCUGCAACUACGCAAGAUGGUCUUGCAGGAAAGAGAUCUUUUGGAUAAUGCCGACAGAACCAAGUCUCUCACUGAGACUCUACAACGAAAAGUUGUGAUGCUGGAACAGAAACUUUAUGACCUGGAGGUAGAGCUGGACAAGACCAAAACUCUUCUGAAGCACCAAGUAGAGGAGAGCCAUCUCAAGAAUGAGAAAAUCAAGCAGUUGUCUGCACACUCUGACAUGGGACGCACAUUGACCAGAGCGACUUCAUCUGGGACCACCUCAGCAAGUACACAAAAUCAGGAGACAGUGUCAGAAUCACAGGAAGGACUAACAGGUGUGCAAGAGAUGCCAACAGAGAAAGGAAUUGCCCUUAAUAUUCUGGGACAAACUCCUGUAUCACAUGCAGACAUGGAGCACCAUGUGAAAAGAUUACAAGAGCUCCUUAAGGAGCAGUGGGAGUGUCUCUGCAAAGACAACACCACUGGAAGAUUAUCUUCAGAGCACUUGCCCCCACGGGUCUGCACCAUUCAAGAUCAGUUGGCAAAUCUAGUCACCCUUCUCACCCUCUAUGUGUUUCCUACUGGAGAUGUCCCACAACCAGAGUCUAAAAUAGAGGAACGUAUUCCUGUAGUUGAGGAGGAGAACCCAAAGACAGAAAGUCUGAAGACAGUCGGCAUAAGAAAAAGUGAGAGUGUGGAGACUGAUGGAAUAAGCAAUGCUAUCCAACAACAAGAGCAUACCGAAGAGGUUGUUGACAUCAAGAAGAAUAACAAGACUGAAGCAGGCAAGUCAUGGACUUCAUGGACAAUGGACCCCAAAGAACAGACAGGUCAAAGUGAAGCUGCCAAAUUUAAUACAAAAGAGGAUGCCAUAGAUGAAGUGACCGAAAAAAUUGAAAAUCUGCAUAAGCAAACAAGUAAAGUGAGUUAUCCACAGGGUCAGACAGGGAUAGAGAAAGUGAGGCAGGACUACACCUGUAGAGGAGUGGACUCAGAUGAAAAAACACUUGCACUGAGUGAAGGAAACAGGGAAGCUGUCAAUAAGAAUUUCAUAGAGGCAUGUUGUUUCCUGAAAGACCACAUGGACAAAAUGUCUGAACCUGAUGAUGAAAUGAGCCAGGCUCUCACUGUGGUGUUCCAGCAAUGGUUCCAUGUGUCUGCUGAGGAGGAUGCUUGCGAUGAGAUUGUCUCUUUGUAUCUCAGUGAGGUUAAAUCAGAGACACCCACAGUCCUUCAGUUCCUGGUCAACAUGGUGGAUGAUAAUGGGAAUACAGCCCUGCAUUACAGCGUAUCUCACUGUAACUUCAGCAUUGUCAAGCUCAUUUUAGACACAGGAGUGUGUGAAGUGGACCGGAGAAACAAGUCUGGUUACACAGCUAUCAUGCUGGCCUCUUUGACAGAUGUAAAAUCUCCAGGCGACAUGAAAGUGCUCCAGCAACUGAUGGAGCUUGGUGACGUCAAUGCCCGUGUUGGCCAGGUGGGACAAACGGCCCUCCACCUGGCAGUAAGACAUGGACGUGUCCCAAUUGUGCGUCUUCUACUGGCACAGGGAGCAGAUCCUAACACCCAGGACCAUGCAGGAACCACCCCACUGAUCAGCGCCUGUGAUCGGGGACAUAUUUCUAUGGUGCGAAUUUUGUUGGAGAAAGCAAACUGUGAUGUCAACUUAAAAGACAAGGGUGGUCGCAGUGCAUUAUCUCUGGCUACACAGGCUUCUCAUACGGAGAUAGCAAAUCUUCUGAAAGCCCGCACAGAAACUAAGAGUUCAGACAAGUGCAAGGUGUCAUAGAAUGGAGCACGGAAAUCAUGGGCCCACUGAGCAUUCAACAUCCCAGUGCAGCCCCAUUGAGAUUUACAUUUAUACUUCAAUAAGCAUUCAUGUCCACUUACUGUUGAAAAGAUCAGCAAUAAAAUGUUAAUAUUAAAAUAAACAUUUUAAAAUCAAAAGUAGUUUGCUUAUGUAAAGCUUGUAAAUGUAAAUAUGACAAUGUCUAAAACUUGACAAUAAAAACAAAAUACGCACUUAUCCUAUAAAUAAGAGAAAAGCAAAGCAAUUUCUUUCAUAGUGAGUAAUUAUCAAGAGGAUUUGUUUCAGUAUGGAAAAAAUUAUCUUAGGAGAAUUCUAUUCCUUUAACAUGGAGAUCAAAAUAUACAUAUAGUGUAUAGACAAUACAUCAAGUAUGAUUUAAAACUCUCACAGUAUAACACGAAAUCAUUUAUUGUAUUAAUUAAGCCAUUAAUAUCAUGUGUUCUACACAACACAGAUAGAGAGCCGAAUGAAAUCAGACCUGUAACCUGAUUCUGAAUGGCUUAUAUUUAAUACAUCAUAAAUCAAGAUGCUAUAGUGGUAUUAUUAUAAAACUGUUGUUUACUAGCAAACAUUUCCACUGAUGUGACAAUUCCUGAGACGGUCCAGCCAGCCAGUGUCCUAGAGAAUGAUCACAAUCAUUUAUUGUUAUUUGAGAAAGAACAAUGUCUAAUUCGGUUCUUAAAUUAAACAUGUAAAAAUGAAGGAAUUAAAUCUGGUAGGGUUUUACAGGGGACUAUUUUGGGACCAAAUGGGCAACACCUGUGCAGGUAAGUUCAUCACACCACUGGAAAUAGUGAAUCAGAGGAAAAGUGCUGAUAUUUUUGCUUUUAGAAUUUUUGAAUGAUAUCUGAAGUUCCUCAAAUUAUGUAACCUCCAAAAUUAGAUGAAUCUGCACUAUAAGCAUUAAUUAUUGUCAAAAUUGAAGACUGAUCUCACCAAAAAACAAAUAAAUAAAUAUAAAACAUCAGCGAAAAGAGGUUGAAUAUUUUGUCAGCUAAAGGCGGGCGUAUACGGUGCGAUUUUCGGAUGUUGUGUGAGCUCCCUACCGAUUUUUUCCAGUUGGGAGAGAUCGUGUGGAAAUUGUUGGUGAUCGUGUGGUCAUGGCUCACAUCAUGUGAGAGGAAUUACGAGCAGAGCUGAGCAGUUUACGAGCAGCUCAUGAUCUCCCGAUAAUUUUUUUUAAAUGUUUAAAACAUUCGGCCAAUUUAGCGAUCUGAAGUUGACCAAUCAGGAGAAGGUGUUACAACUCACACGAUCAGUGAAAACUGAGUGUUCAUGAAGCUUUUACACAUUUGGAGAAAAUGGUGUGUUAAAACUGUUUUUCCCAUAUUAUUCAUGACCACAUCACUGGGAAUGAUUCUACAGAAAUGCCAUGCUGUUCUCUGCUCUUCAAAUAAAAUAUUGUUGUAAAAUUUCCAUCAUGGUCUAUUUUUAUUCAUCAUACUUGCAUUCGUUUCAGUUCUAGGGCUUCAUUUAGAGGUAUAUAGCAUCUGUUAUGAUUAUAUAUACACAAUAGUGGAUAUGUGAUCGAUUUGUUUAACUCCCCAAGCACGAGUCUGGUGAAACCAAGGAUGAAAGUUCAACCUGUCAAUCAACCGCAGUGCUAAAACAAGAUUUUUAAACUUUGAAUCAAACUAGAGACUCUGAUGUACUUAUCCUCUUGUUUAGUUGUACAUCUGGCCUUCCACAUCUCUUUCUGUCCUUGUUAGAGUCAGUUUUGCUUUGUCUUUGAAGACUGUAGUGUACACCUUUGUAUGAAAUCUUCAGUUUUUUUUUGGCAAUUUCAAGCAUUGCAUAGCAUUUAUUCCUCAAAACAAUGAUUGACUGAAAAGUUUCUAGAGAAAGCUGUUUAUUUUUUUUUGCCAUUUUUGACCUAAUAUUGACCUUAAGACAUGCCAGUCUAUUGCAUACUGUGGCAAUUCAAAAACAAACACAAAGACAAUGUUAAGCAUCAUUUAACGAACCAAAUAGCUUUCAACUGUGUUUGAUAUAAUGGCAAGUAAUUUUCUAGUACCAAAUUAGCAAUUUAGCAUGAUUACUCAAGGAUAAGGUGUUGGAGUGAUGACUGCUGGAAAUGGGGCCUCCUCUGGCUUUAUGUCUCAUAAUGAUAAAUAGCGCAAAAAUGAGUGCGAUUGCUUUGGAAUUAGCCAGGUCCUAAAGUCGUGUCGUGUACGAUUGCACCUGUAUGAUUUUCAGAUAAACUGACUCGUAACGUGUGCAGGGGCUCACGACCUCCCGAGUAUCAGGACUCGCACCGUGUAAA